AUCAUUUAGUUGUUCAAAAUGUGGUCAUUUUUUCUAGUUAUUUUACUACUGAUUAUGUCGAAUUUCAACGUAACAUCACAAUCACAACAGACCGUUUUAGAACCGAAGAGUGAAUUUUGUUGCACGAAUGCGAGCAAAUUGAUAUUUGGAAUCGUUCUAUUUCGACAUGGCAUUCGGAACAUCAACAAUUUCAAUUAUCCAAAUGAUCCGUACAAAGACGAAAUUCAUUGGCCCGAGGGCUUCGGCCAACUAACCAAUGAAGGCAAGCAGCAAAUUUACGAGCUGGGACAAUUUUUUCGAAGGAGAUAUGGUGAACUGUUGGGCAAUAAAUAUUCACCCAAUAAAGUGUACGUAAGAUCGUCGGAUGUUGACAGAACCCUUAUGAGCGCAUUAGCCUGCUUAGCAGCGUUGUUCGAACCCACUGACGAUGAAAUUUGGCAUAAAUCCAUCAAUCCAAUUAAAUGGCAACCAAUACCUGUACAUACUGUGCCAAUAAAAUUGGAUUACGCACUGUGGGGCCCCGAAGAUUGUCCAAAGUUUUGGACUGCACAUGAAAAAUAUCAAAAAGAGUCUCCGGAAGUGCAACGCAUUUAUACGGAGUAUGCCGAUGAAUUUGCGCAUUGGUCGGAAAUGUGCGGUAAAAAUCUCACAACUAUAUUGGAUGUGUUCAAUUUGUAUCACACACUUUACAUUGAAAGUAUCCAAAACAAAAUACUGCCAGACUGGGCACGAGAAGCAAUCAAACCAAAUGGUACAAUGGAAUACAUAACUAGUUUCUAUUUUAAAAUGGCAUCUGGAACAAAGGAAUUGGCACGAUUGCAGACUGGAUUCUUAUUGAAAGAAAUAUUCGAACUUUUUGCCCAGAAAAUCAAUUCAACACUUCAGCCAAAUCGCUUACUAUGGCUAUAUUCGGCCCAUGAUUAUACAGUUUCAUCUUUGUUGAAUAGUCUUGGACUUUUCGAGUUACACGUUCCGCCGUUUUCAGCAAGUGUGCAUAUGGAACUCUAUGAAGCGGGCGAUAAGGAGCAUUGCAUUCAAAUUUUCUAUAGAAAAUCAAACGAAGAAAAUCUUACGCCCAUGGAAAUACUAAAUUACGGCCAAAAGUGUUGCACACUUGAGCGUUUGUAUGAACUAUACGGUGAUAUUAUACCUGGUGAUCACGAUGAGGAGUGUGGCAUUCAAGAUUAAAGAUAUUGUG